AUGUCAAUGUAUUUAAAGACGGAUCAAUUCCCAAAUGUUUCAGCUCACACCCUUAAAGGAAUCGACUUUUUAGACAAAUACGGAAACUUCGUUAAAGAUCGCUGUGCCAUUGAGAUCGAAUAUGCUUCAAAGCUAAGAUUCACAUCACAUCAAGCAUUCAAAAAUGUCCUUAAAGAGACAAGUGACCUUGCAGGUCAAAGAGAAGUUGUUGCCGAGAACCUUCAAUCACAAGUCAUUUCGGGUAUUAAUUUACUGUCGAAAACACUUCGAGAUGAACGAAAAAAAUCCUUACAAGAAGGAUCUGAUCUACAAUCAAAUCUUACAACUCAAAUUGCUUCACUUGACAGAGCAAAGAAAAAUUACGAAAAAGCGUAUCGUGAAGCGGAGAAAGCUGUUGAAAACUACCAGAGAGCCGAUGCUGAUUUUAAUCUUAGUCGGGCUGAAGUUGAGAAGCAAAGACACAACAUGACAUUAAAAUGUGCUCAAUCUGACGAUGCCAAAAAUGAAUACGCUAAUCAACUUCAAAAGACCAACAAACUUCAGCUCUCACAUUUCGAAUCGUCACUACCGGCAGUAUUCAACAAACUUCAAGAGCUUGACGAAAAACGUACACAGGGCAUAAAAGAAUUCAUAAGAGCAGCCGCUGAUGUUGAGUCGCAAGUUGCUCCAAUUAUUGCACGAUGUCUCGAAGGAAUUGUGAAAGCAUCUGAAUCGAUAAAAGAGAAAGAAGAUUCAGUCAAAGUGAUAGAAAGAUACCAAUCAGGGUUUCAACCACCUGGUGACAUUCCUUUCGAAGAUCUCUCGAAAGUUGACUCAGAGUCGACACACAAUUCACAAAUAAAUCAUGCCAUGAAUCAUAAUGCAACGAUGAAAGGAACAAUCGGUGCAAAUAAGCUUAAGAAGCGUGUAGGAAUUUUCAAUAUAUUUAGUAGUAAUAAGAAGCUACUCGAAGCCUGCAUAACAGUGAAGAAUUCAAUUUCGGCGGAUGGAUCAAAGGAUGACUUCAGUGAUCUGCCACCGUCCCAGAGAAAGAAGAAGUUAACUUCAAAGAUUCAAGAGAUUCAACAGAAGAUUGCACAAGAGCAAGGAGCUAGAGAUGGUCUGAUUAAGAUGAAAGGAGUUUACGAGAGUAACACGUUCCUUGGUGACCCGCAAACCGUACAAGGUGAACUGAGAGAAUGUGAACACAAACUUGAAAAGCUUAAAAAUGAACUGCGCAAAUAUCAAAUACUUCUCGAAGAAGUCAAGUCACAACAGUCAGCUCAACACAGUCCACAAACCAAUCGCCUGACACAUCAAAACGGUGGACAUGGAAAUCAUCGAACAUCACGACAUUCCAAUGGUAGCAAUGAUGACGGUGACGAUCAAGUCGAUGACAAUCGCAGUUUGAGCAGGUCAGCAUCUGAGAAUAAUGUGGUACACGAGCAAAACGGUGGUGCACAAAAUGGGGGGCUUCUUAAUAUAAACAAUAAUAACAAUGAUAAUAACAAUAACGGAAUUCUUCAUCAUAAUAUAAGCAGCAGUUCGGCAAGUCCUGAAAGUGGUCUUGGAACAUCACAUUCAUCACUUCCUGGAUCGGGACAGGGAAGUACUAAUGAUCAGCAUAUUAAUGAUGAUAUGUACUAUGAUACUGAACCAAUUCAACCACUUGGAACAUGCAAAGCGCUUUAUCCAUUCGAAGCUACCAGUGAAGGAAGCAUCCCAAUGGCUGAAGGUGAAGAGCUCCAUGUUAUUGAACUUGAUCAAGGUGAUGGUUGGACGCGUGUUCGAAGAAUGAUGACAGGAAAUAUUUUGGAAGAAGGCUUCGUUCCCACAAGCUACAUUGAAAGUACGCUCUUCGCUGUUGAUCACAUUUACGUUAAUAAUGUUUAAGAAGCAGAGUUAAAAUGGCUUUGUGCUUGUCACGCUUUACUAUUUAAUAAUUUCAUCAUGCAUUAUUACAUCAUUCAAUCUUCAUUAAUUGAAUUCGAAACAGAAAAAUAAUAUUGGCUCACGAUGAAAGCUAUUCGGAUAUUUGCCCAAUUUAAAUACUGUUUAGAGUAGCCGAGGAUUAAUUACGAUUUAAAAUGCUCAAAGGUGAAGAACAUUUACAAUAUGGACUAAAUAAAAAUAUUUAAACAACAAACUAAGAAAAGAAAAUUCAGAAUUAUCUUUGACUGCCUAUUUUUUUAAUUCAAUAAUUGAUCUUCCUGUUGUUAAUCACAAGAAAAAGAAUAUUUUUCGAUCAAACAUAGAAUUCUGACUUUACUUGUCAAGGUUGCAUGUAAUGAAAUUAAAUACAUCAAUUAAUUGUAGCUUAAUUAAUCUGAAAGAGAUUUCUCAAAUGUAGCUUAAAUGCUUCUUUUUGAAAGAGAAACUAAUGUUAAAUGCAUACAGCAAAGCUAUGCAAUUCACUGUUUGUGCUAUUGGAAAAAAGAAUUAUUUUUCUAAUUAAAAAAAGUUAUUGAGCAACUUCUAGCAUAAUCUUACUCCGCUUGUUGUAAAUAGAUUUAUUUCAUUUUCAUUAUACUCGCGCUUUAAACGAAUAAAUAAAAAUAAGAUUUUCGAUAUCAAAUUCAGUUCUUUUAUUUAAAAAGCGGAAUAAAAAUGAUAAAACAACUGAAUUAAUGUAAAUAGUUUUUAAAUUAUGAUUAAGAAAUUUCAAGAAAAUGUGAUUUUCAUUUGUCUUCUGUUUGUAUAAAAAUAUAAUCAAAAAUAUCAUUAAUUUUAAUUGCCCUCCUUAUGCUCUUUUUUUGUCAUAUCGCUUUUUUGAAGAGAAAAAAAUGAAAAUUCAAUUUAAUCAUAAACUAAAUGUAAUUUGUUGUAUCGUGAAACUUGACGAUAAACGCAAUUGAGUCAAUAAUAAAAUGAAAACUGUAUAAUAAAUAUAUUCAGUUUAGCAGUGUAAUUUAUUCUAUUNUCAUCGAAUGGGAUAAAAUCAAAGAACGAGGGAAUAAAGGCAU